CUGAUCGUGUUCUCACUUUAUAAUGCUACAUAUAAAACCUACGUACAAGCUAGCUAUAUGCCCAAACGGAAAGUUGUUUGCUACAAAUAUCGGGACUCUUUGCACACUCUUCUAUGCAUACAGAAAGAGAGAUGGAAACAAAAUUUAUUAGCCCAUGUUCAGCCAGUCCAAGCCUACAGGUUCUCACGUUUCUUCUCGUUAUUUCUCUCCUAUUCGUAUCAAACGUUGAAAACUCCUCAGCAGCGGCCAUCACCACCGCUAAAACUUCCAAAACUACCUACGCUAACUACCUAAAAACAGCUUGCAAUUCUACUACAUACCCAAAACUCUGCUACAGUUCUCUCUAUCCCUACACCUCCACUAUCAAAACCAAUGACCUCAAGCUCUGUAACACAGCAUUGACCAUAACCCUGAAAGUUGCCAGAAACACGUCUGCGCUGCUCAAAACUCUGUCGUGGCAGAAGGUGUUUAGCAAGACUGAAGUUGGAGUUAUUAAAGAUUGCCAAUCUGAAAUCAGAGACAGCAUUGACGAGCUCAAGCAAGCAUUGCGGGCUUUGGGCAGUCUAAGCGGUACUAAUAAUAAUGUGGAAUUUCAGAUAGCUAACGUAAAAACAUGGGUUAGUGCGGCGAUUACAGAUGUAAGUACCUGCACGGAUGGAUUUGAUGGCCUGAAGGUAAGCACAGCAUUGAAGGUCAAGAUCAGAAGGAUUAUAUCCAAUUUUGCUAGUCUCACUAGCAAUGCUUUGGCGCUCAUUAACAAACUCAUUCAGUGAGUUGUUUUAUAUAUAUUACAUCCUUCUUCUUUAUUUUUUUUUUCCUUUAAUCUUAUUUUCAUACAAUUAAUAAAUGUUCAUA